AUGCUCUCGAGAAAACCUCCACCGUUUAUCUCGCCUUUAGUACCCUCUUCUCUGUUCAAACAGCUGUCCCAGGAUUUGGAAGUGGGAAAAGGGAGAAUGAAGUUCGGGUGUGCAUUCAGAGAGUACCUGCAGGAGGAGCGGGAGUGGUUUCUGGACGAGAAAUGUGCUCACGUUGAAUAUAUCAGGUUGAAGAAAGUGUUGAAGACUUGCAAGAAAGGCACCUCUUCCGAUAAGGACCGGUUGUGUCAGUGUCAGUCUUGCCCAUUAUGUGAUCAAAAGUUCUUCUCUGAGUUGAUGAAGGAAGCGUCAGAUGUGGUAGGAUACUUUAGUUCAAGAGUUAAGCAUCUCCUUCAUCUUCACAUUUCAACAGGACUGCAUAGAUAUGUAUUGCGUUUGCGCGAGUGCUUUAAAAGUGAUAGGCAAACCCUUAAUCAAGAAGGGAGGAUUCUAAUUGAGUACAUUGCAAUGAAUGCUAUUGCAAUGAGGAAGAUACUUAAGAAAUAUGAUAAAGUACACAGCUCUGUGAAUGGGGAGAACUUCAAAUCUAGGAUGCACGCUGAACACAUUGAACUUUUGCACUCUCCUUGGAUAAUUGAAUUGGGUGCUUUUUAUCUGAAUUCUAGUGGACAAGAUAGUUGUGAGCUUGAUGGAGUCUAUGGUCGCUUUUCGUGUGAUCUAAACAUAAAUAAAGAUGUAUUGACAUUGAUUCUUCCCGAUUCUAUCAAGCUUGAGUAUAAUCUAACUUGUGCAAUUUGCCUGGAUUUUGUUUUCAACCCUUAUGCUUUGAGCUGUGGUCAUAUCUUCUGCAAGUCAUGUGCUUGCUCAGCUGCCUCUGUGAUGAUUUUUCAAGGACUCAAAGCUGCUAGUCCAGAGUCCAAGUGUCCUAUAUGCAGAGAGGUUGGAGUUUAUUCUAAGGCUGUGCGCAUGCUAGAACUUGAUCUACUUAUGAAAAGAAGGUGCAAAGAUUACUGGAGAGAGAGGCUAGCUAGUGAAAGAGUUGAUACAUUGAAGCAAUCCAAGGAAUACUGGAAUUCACAGUCCACAUAUGCAGUUGGAUUGCUGUAG